UCUUUAUUGGUCCAUUUGGCCAGAGCACUUUGAAGGAGGGGGUUGAGGUGGGAGGGGAGGCAGAGAAAAGGCAAGUGAAAGAGACAGGGGAGGUGCAGUUACAGAACCUCUUACUGCCCAGCCUCUGGCUGGCCCUCCGCUGCCUUCGCCCUCCCGACCCCGCGUUAGGCCCCAUGGCCCCGUGGAGCUCCUCCAGCAGGGGCCGGCGGGUGUGCUGCUGCGUCCUGAUCGGCCUCGGCGUCCUUGUCCUCGGGGCCGCUGUAACGGCUGGAAUACGGCGGUGGCUCCAGCCGUCGGGGCACAAGCAAUGGGAGGGGGCGGGCACCACGGCCCACAUAUCUGAGAUCUUCCUGGGGCGGUGCUUCACCUACACGCAGAUAAUCCAUCCAGAGCUGAGAGAUAAGAAUUGCCAGAAGAUAUGGAAUGCUUUCAAAAAUUCAUUUAUUUCCAAGGAUACUUGCAACAUUACAGAAGAAGACUACCAACCAUUAAUAAAGCUGACCACUCAAACUUUACCUUGCAACCAGACCCUCUUUUGGAGCAAAACAAAUGUCCUGGUCCAUCGGUACACAAAGGCCCAGAAGGAGCUGUUCACCCUGGAGGACACACUACUGGGCUACAUGGCUGAUGACCUCAUUUGGUGCGGAAGCUCAGGCAAUUCUGAAAUGAACUAUCAAUCUUGCCCAAGUCGGAUGGAAAACUGCAGCAACAGCCCCGUUUUUGUAUUCUGGAAGACAGUGUCCAAGAAGUUUGCAGAAGCUGCCUGUGGUGUGGUCCAUGUGAUGCUCAAUGGGUCCAUCAGCAGAGCCUUCGUCCGAAACAGCAUUUUUGGAAGUAUAGAGGUCAUGAAUUUGCAUCAGGAGAGAGUUCAUUCACUACGUGCCUGGGUGAUGCAUGACAUUGGAGGAGAUUUCAGUGACUCAUGCUCGGGUUCUUCCAUAAAUGAUCUGAGGUCAAUCAUGAGGGAAAAGAAUAUUCCAUUCACCUGCCAGGAUGACUACAAGCCUGUCAGGUAUAUCCAGUGUGUGAGCCACCCUGAGCAUUCAUCUUGCCCUUAGAUGAGUUUAUCGGCAUGGGGGCUUCCGAUCUUGGACCGUCUGCAGAUGUCGAUGUGUGCUACUCAGGAGACAAGCUGGUGGAGAGCCGAAGAUAUUGGGGGGUCCUCUGUCAUAAUGCCAACACCGAGGACUGAAGUCUUUUCCCUAAAAGUCUUAAAGUAACUGAUGGUAUCAACAUUGUUUUUAUUUUGAUGGCCUUACAUUCAAGAAAAAUGAAUUAUUGUAUAAAGUUAGAGUGAAUGUUUUGUAUUAAAUUGUUUCAUUUUUGUGUGAUGCUUUUGUGUUGUUUACAUAUUGGUAACAUUCUUUCUAUUAAAAGUGACCACACCAAGUCUCUCUUAUUAGAACAGGCAAAUAAUGAAAAGCAAAUACCCAAAUUUGUCAGAAGACAUUAUGUUUCCACACAAAUAACCUUGCCUCAGGAUAUAUUUUUGUAUUCUUCCUGUGGAUAAUCAAACCAUAAACUCCAGGUUCUUGAGUCAUGUUGGAAAAAGUGUUCUAUAGGAUUUAAGCUACCCCUGUGCUUAUUAAGGAGCCCUGGUGGUGCAUUGGUUAAGAGCUUGACUGCUAACCAAAAGGUCAGCAGUUCGAAUCCACCAGGUGCUCCUUGGAA